AUGAUAUGCAUUAAUUGCUGCUGCGAAGUCGAUUGCCUUUAUGUUGAAUAUUCCAACAAUCAUAUUAGACUCACUGACUGUGCGAAAUGUAAGGAAGUUGUUGAUCGAUACGUUGAAUUUGAUAAUGUUCUAUUGUUCAUCGAUCUUUUGUUACUAAAGCCAGGGGCAUACAGGCAUUUAGUGUACAAUUCCCUGGAACUCGAACUAUCUAAGUACCCAGAAAGGAAACAUGAGUUCUCUGCGAGGACUUGGAAGCAGCGUUCCCUCCUCACGCUCCUACGCCUGCGCGAUUGGUUUGUGAAAUUUGACAAGCUGAAUCGUGUAUGGAUACUCAUAACGGCUUUUGAAGUGUAUCUGACGUGGGUGUCAGAAGAGCGUAAUUACGCGCAAUCAAACUCGAAUGAACUGAUAGAGUUUAUCCUUUCAAGGAGCGCUUUGAGUCAAUACCUUUGCUUUGCAAUCUAUUGCGUCGCAGAUUUUGUGCUCCUUUGUGGUUUGACCCACUAUUUCUUGGUGAAAUGGUUCAAAUGGGGACGCAAAGUCAAGUACUCUAAACAUGUUGUGUCAUACACCAUCUUACUGUCUUAUGGCGUGAAAAUAUUUCCCUUUCUCAUGUUAAUUUGGCCCUAUGAUACGCUCCUCUCAACGAACAUUGUAAAGCUGGUCUCGAAUGCUUAUAUCAUCGAAGCGCUUAAAGUCGUUACUAACCUGGCAUAUUCGAAUAUUAUCUUUUUAUAUGUGGUGGUCUUCCUAGUGCGAUGGAUCAGUGUGAGGCCUCUACUUUGUAUGCUAGUGACUGAAGGUGAUAUUCAGUUUUGCGGAAAGUUCAUGGAAGUUGAGUAUAAAAGGCUUCUUCGGCGACUUCUCCGUAUAUAA